GUUAUGCUCUAUGGUACGCCAGUCAUUGAACCGUCAAUUGUUGAACGAACGAACGACAGCGAAUCUCAGAGGCCCCGCCUAUAAAAUAUCCGUAUUUAAGAAUUAUAGAUCGUUUUCGCGAUGUUAUUAUAAUAAAACACAUACCUAGAUACACGAGUUGUACACGGCAGGAGUUGUGCCACCAUGGGUACGACGUUUCUGUGUUUUAUCGCGCUAGCGGCGCAGGCGGCGGCGUUACUGACGUCACCACCGAAGAUGGUGAAGCAGCCGACGCAAGAGGAGAUCCUGUUCCAAGUGGCGCAGGCCGGCGAGGUGGACAAGCCGUUCAUCAUAGAGUGCGAGGCUGAGGGAGAGCCGGGACCUAAAUACCGAUGGAUCAAAAACGGCAAACCGUUCGAGUACACGAGCUAUGACAACAGAAUCCUGCAGCAGUCCGGGCGAGGUACCCUCGUGGUCAGCAAGCCCAGAGACGAGGAUCUCGGACAGUACCAGUGCUUCGCCUACAACGAGUGGGGUACGGCCGCCUCCAACUCCGUGUUCGUGAGGAGGGCUGAACUCAACUCCUUCAAAGAGACCGAUGGCCAACAAGUCGUGAAGGCUGAGGAGGGAAAACCAUUCAAACUCACCUGCGAACCUCCUGAUGGCCACCCGAAGCCCAAAGUGUACUGGAUGUUGCAAGGAGACCAGGGUCAAUUAAAGACCAUCAACAACUCCCGCAUGACAUUGGACCCCGAAGGAAACUUGUGGUUCUCGAACGUUACUCGCAACGAUGCCAGUGUUGACUUCGCAUACAUUUGUACGGCAAACUCGAUCUUCAGAAAUGAAUACAAGUUCGGCAACAAGAUCUAUUUGGAUGUAACCCAGACUGGUAUCUCGCCUACCCUGAACAGGCAUGCGCCGGAGCGCCAGUACACCACCAGGAAAAUAGAGAAAGCUCUCAAAGGGAAGAAGGUCGAACUGUACUGCAUUUAUGGUGGAACGCCGCUGCCUCAAAUCGUGUGGAAGAAGGACGGGCACAACAUCAUACCCUCAGCGAGUAUCACGCAGGACAACUACGGCAAGACGCUCGUCAUCAAGUACCCGAACUACGAAGACAGCGGCACGUACACCUGCGAGGUCAGCAACGGCGUCGGCACCGCGCUGUCCUACUCUAUCCAGCUUAAUAUUGAAGCGGCACCAUUCUUCACGGUGGAACCGGACGUCCAGAACCUGGCUGAGGGCGAGACCGCGGUGAUCCGGUGCGAGGCCGGCGGCACCCCGGUCCCCAAGAUCACGUGGAUCCACAACGGCAAACCCAUCGAGCAAGCGGAACCGAACCCUCGCCGGCAGGUCACCGCGAACUCCAUCGUCAUCACUGACCUGGUGAAGAAGGACACCGGCAACUACGGUUGUAACGCGACAAGCUCCAUCGGCUACGUGUACAAGGAUGUCUACAUCAACGUUCAAUCGAUCCCGCCUGAAAUCAAGGAGGGUCCCGAGAACCUGACCAAGGUGGACGGUUCCGAGGCUGUGCUCAAAUGCAGAGUGUUCGGAGCGCCGAAGCCAAUCGUCAAGUGGAUGAGGGAUGACGUCGACAUCACCGGGGGGAAAUACAACAUCACGUCGGAGGGUGACCUGGUCAUCCGCGACGUGUCGUUCACAGACGUCGGCACCUACCAGUGUUACGCGAAGAACAAGUUCGGAGAGAAAUCGGCGUUCGGAUCUCUCGCCGUCAAGAAGCGCACCGUGAUUACCGACAAGCCGGAAGACUACGAAGUGGCCGCGGGUUCGUCCGCCACGUUCCGAUGCAACGCCAACGCGGACGACUCGCUGAAGCUGACGAUAGUGUGGUUGAACGAUGGGCAGCUGAUCGACUUCGAAAACCAGCCGCGCUUCCGCAUGACCAACGACUACUCGCUGCUGAUAUCGGACACCACCGAGCUUGACUCCGGACAGUAUACUUGUAUCGCCAAGACCGCGAUCGAUGAGGCGCGUGCGCAGGCCACUCUUACUGUGCAAGACAAGCCGAACCCGCCGGCGCUGGACGGCGUGGAGUGCGGCGCGGCGACGGCGACGCUGCGCUGGCGCUCCAUGGGCGACAACCGCGCGCCCGUGCUGCGCUACCAGAUACACUACAACACCAGCUUCACGCCCGACUCCUGGGCCGCCGCCGCCGACCACGUGCCCGCCAUCGACACCUCCUGGACCGUGCAGCUCAGCCCCUGGGCCAACUACACCUUCCGAGUGAUCGCAGUGAACAAAAUCGGUCCUUCGAGCCCGUCGUCGCACUCGGACGUGUGCACCACGCAGCCCGACGUGCCUUACAAGAACCCCGACAACGUCAAGGGCGAAGGCUCCGACCCCACCAACAUGGUCAUCUCUUGGUCGAAAAUGCCACAAAUCGAACACAACGGUCCCGGGUUCUACUACCUGGUGUCGUGGCGGCGCAACAUCACCGGCGACGAGUGGAACAAGGAGCAGGUCCGCGACUGGCAGCAGACGGAGUAUAUAGUCACCAACACGCCCACCUUCCAGCCGUACAAAAUCAAGGUUACUGCCGUGAACUUCAAAGGCACGUCAAACGUGACGCCUGUAGAGGUGAUCGGCUGGUCGGGCGAGGACACGCCCCUGCAAGCUCCCGCCAACUUCACACUGGUGCAGGUCACCACCGGCACCACUGCGCUGCUCAGCUGGAAUGCAGUUGCUCCGGAAUCCGUCCGCGGACACUUCAAAGGAUACAAGAUACAGACCUGGACUGAUGGUGAAGAGGACCGGCUCAAGGAAAUCCUCGUUAAGGCAGAUUCCACGUCCGCACUGGUGACAAAAUUCAAGCCGUUCAAGAAGAACAACGCCCGCAUCCUGGUCUACAAUGGACGCUUCAACGGCCCUCCCAGCGAUAUCCUCAGCUUUGAAACGCCUGAAGGCAAGCCUGGCACUGUCCGCACCUUCGGAGUCUAUCCCAUUGGAUCAUCCGCCAUGUUGCUGAAGUGGGAGAAACCUGUGGACGAGAAUGGAGUGCUGACUGGGUACAAAAUAUACUACCAGAAGGUUACUGGAACAUCCUUGGGACCUCUUCAGGAACGUAAGAAGGAAAUCGACCCUAAAUUCGACCGUGCUAAGCUUGCUGGAUUGGAACCCAAUACCAAGUACAGGAUCAUCAUCAGAGCGAAGACCAAGGCCGGAGAAGGUGACGAGUACUACGUGGAACAGACGACGAAGUCCGCUGUUACGGCUAAGCCAGAGAUACCACUGUUCGAGACCAGAACCUUAUCGGCUAAAGAGGGAACUGCUCACAUUCUGGUUAGAUGGAUUCCUUCGUUGGACGGCCACGCUGGCUCGCAUUUCGUGGCAUGGUACAAGCUGAAAGGCAUGCCGGACUGGCUGAAGACUAACGACAUCACGGACGACGACUACGUUAUCCUGACGGGGCUGGAGCCGGGCCAGGUGUACGAGGUGAAGGUCACCGCUCACGACGGCGAGUACUUCAGCACCAGUGAGAUCAAAGACGUCGACACUACUAUUGACGGUCCUAUAGUGAAGCCGGACGAGAAGAUGGCCGCCGCCGGGUGGUUUAUCGGCGUGAUGCUGGCGCUGGCGUUCCUGCUGCUGGUCCUGGUGCUGGUGUGCGUGGUGCGGCGCAACCGCGGCGGCAAGUACGACGUGCACGACCGCGAGCUCGCGCACGGCCGCCGCGACUACGCCGAGGGCGGCUUCCACGAGUACACGCACCCCCUGGACAACAAGUCGCGGCACUCGAUGAGCAGCGGAACUAAGCCCGGCCCGGAGAGCGACACCGACUCCAUGGCCGAGUACGGCGAGGGCGAGACUGGUCGGUUCACGGAGGACGGUUCGUUCAUCGGGCAGUACGUGCCGGGCGCGCGCGUGCUGCCGCCGGCGCCGGGCGCGCCCGCGCCGCUGUCGCCGCCCUCGCCGCCCGCGCCCGCGCCCGCGCCCGCCGCGCCCGCCGCGCCGCACCCGCCCACAUACGUCUAAGCGCACCGUCUACUGCCUAAUGUGGCUAGAAUACAUCGCGUAAGCUCUUUUAAUGUCUCCGUACAUGAAUAAAUGCAAUUCUGUAGGUAAUCAACUAUACAUUAUGUAUCGAUUUAAAAAAUUAUAACAAAUAGCUUGACUCCUUCAAACAGUGAAAAUCCCUAUGGUCCGUGUAAUUUUGUUUUUAAAAUAUCUUGUUGCAUCUAUUGUAUAUUCUAGCCACAUUACAGUAUGGCGAGCUGUGCACUUUAUCACAUACUGCCAUGAUGCGUUUAAAAUAAAGUUGAAACGUAAUACUGUAAAAUCUCAAUUUUACUAUUUACAAUCUAAGAAUCUCGUGUGAACAUAAUGGUAUUUAACAUGACAACACUACCACUUAUCGAUAAAAAUAUCGACAAACUUAGCAACUAUUUUCACUUUAUUCUAAACGUAAUAAAUAUCAUCUUUAUAUCACUUACGCUAUCCAUAGGCAGAAUUAACGAUAUUUAGUUGAGAUUUAUCGAUAGGGCCAAUUUAGAAUAAGCUGAGUAUGAUGCCUACAUUAACCGGUUUUGGCCCUAAGUAGUAACACUUUGAACUGUAGAUUUUUUUUACUAUUCGUUUCAGCAGUUUUGGUAAGUUUUACAAAUAGACAAGAUUUUGACUAUAGUUAUAGUUAACGCUAAAAAAUACUCAUACACAUCGUUAUUUAAGACUGAAAUAUGUGUAGUUCGAUUUACAUGACUCUAUACGUCAAAUUAUCUUAUCGAUAAUAGGAUGCUAAUUGUUGAUAUCAAAACGGUUUUAAACUCAAACUUCCCUUAAUAUAUCCUAUGUACACUAGAUCACGUAUUGUUAACAUCUUUCGAACUCGAUUAUUGCACAAUUCGAUAUUCCAUUUAGCGUUAACUAUAAAUAAUGAUACUAAAAACGAUAGAAGCCAUCGAUACAAUGUAAUCAUGUUAGUUUUUUCUAAAUCUGUACGAAUAAUGCUGUUCUUUCUUUAUGAGACUGAUUUUACGUAAUGAAUUAAACAAAGUAAUAGUCGACAAAUUCUGACAUAACUGCGUAUGUUUUUGAGAAACAUUGAUGAAGACUAGCUAACACUCAAUCAUUUGCAUAAUAAUAUACAACAAUAUCGAUAUUUUGUAUCGAUAUCGUUUGCGGUUAAUGCGAUAUAUCGACAUUUAGGCAAUGUUUCUCAGACGUCCGCGUCAUUACUUUCGGCAUGUGUAGUGUGUCGUGCGUAGGCGAUCAGCUCGAUAUCAAUUAUAAUUAAGGAUACGAUGUCUGGUAUAUGGAGAUAAGAAAGCUAUUUUUGUCAAGGAUGUAAGGUAAAUUAGCUCUGGGCUCCGGUGGUCAGACUGGCUUUGUGCACUUAUUAACUUAUCUUUGUCGGUGUUUGCACCUUACUAUUGGAGAUUUGGCCAUGGGUCACACUACAUUUCACUACAGUGGUGUUUUGUGAACUUAUCUGUCUGUACUAAAGACGCAACACAAGACUUAGAUUCGUUUGUAAGUGAUUCUUCCUAUCGCUAUAUUUAUUUUUGUACCAAAAUUUCGAACCCUAUUCUUGUAAAAGUAUGAACCAUAAAUUAUUUUACUAACUACAUACUAUCCGUUUUGUGGCGUCAUAAUGUUUACCUAUUUCGACACUAAAAGUUAUUUCUCUAUACAUAUUGCGCGUUGACCAAAGCUUAUUCAAUUACCGUUUUCAUUGUCCCGUAGAUAUGAAUCAUUGAAUGUUUGUCAAUUUUGUUAUAUUAAAAUCUUGGAAGUAGAAAUAUAUUGUGAAUCUGACGGCAUGGCAAUGGAAACGGCUUUAUCAUCCUAAGAAGAAAAAAUAUAUUUAAAAAAAUAUAAAAAAAAGUAUUUUUCUACUUGACGCAGUUUGAUCACCGGAUAUACGUUGGUGCUUUGCGAAGAUAAAGAGAGACGGUUGGUUUAAAUUAUUCGAUGCUGUGAUCGGUCGAUGUGUAGAUUAGGACGGAGUCUUCUUUGAUUAGCAAUCACUUUACCCUUCUAUCCCCCCAACCCCUAUCUAGCUUUCCUUAAUUUAAAAUAAAAGUAUUCUAAAAAAUAUCGAUUAUCCCAGUAAAAAAGAUCUGUUAUAUGCAAAAGAUUUUCUCAAUUUUAAAACAUUAAAGAUCCCAUAAGUGGAUUACAUAAGAAUCUCAAGUCGCGUGUCAUCAUAUGACUGCACUAUAAUUCAUCCAUCAAAAUAAAAGUGUUCAGUAUUUAAGGUUUUUAUCGAGUUUUAACAAUAGUGUAGUAGUACCUUCUGUGAUUCUCGAUAAAGCCAGCUGCAAUCUCGAUGACAACUUAUCUGGGAAACGUCUCUCUCGUAGCGAUGUAAGUGGUAAGCUUUUUGUAUUAAUAUGUAUAUGACAUUAUUGGAGUUCUUAAAUCACAUUGAAGUGUUAUAAUUUUUGGACGACGCAGCGUCGACGCACGGGACCUCCAGUGAAUAUAGCACAUUAAUUGUUUAACGGUAAAAGUCAUUCGAUAAUCGAUAGUGCUUAACCCGUGAGGUAGCUGAAUGUUUGCCGGCAAACAUUGACAGCUACGCGUGUGACGGAAAAAUAACCUUAUUAUGUAGUAUAUAUGUAGUAUAUAAGGUUAUAAUCCCGUGACACACGCAAAUGUCAUGUAGCUGUCUUGGCUCGCCGGCGAUUCACGAGAGACCAAGAGUUAAAUGAAUCUAUAUAGGCCCUUGUGUCGACCCUGCGACAAGCAUUGGAUAUGUAUCGUGUUAGAUGGUAAGGCUAGGGAUUCGCGUUAAUAAUGUUAGGCAGCUAACUCGCUCGCUUCCGGCAUGUUGUACCGUGUAUCCAGCCUCGUGCGCCGACGUGCACGCGAUUAACGCAUUAUUUAUUUACGUAUAUUUAUUUGUUUCGCCUGAAAGGUGUCAGGUCCUGAACAAUACAUUCCACGCGGUGUGACCAUGUUGAUUUUUUAAUAUUAUUAAAAUUGAAUAUAUAUUUAAUUUGGUUUAGUUCGGCCCCGUCUCGCCAGUCAGAUGUAAUCUGAGCGGUGUUUAUGAAACGGCUGGCUUUCGGAACGUCGACGGGCCGUUUCUAUUCUUGUGUAUUUUUCUCACACGUUGUAUGAUUCCACGAAUUAUUGCCAAUUUCGAAACGUUCUCAUUUAGAGCUUACACUGUAACUAUCUGUACCUUUAUAUAUUGCAUUAUAUUUAUAUUUGAUGGCACUGUUAUGGUAACCCCUUUAAGUUGUUUGUUAAGGAGUCUUUAUCAUGUCUAUUGUCUAGUAAGAAUUUAAUAUUUAUAUAUUAAUAUUAAUGAUUAGUAGGGAGCCUUGUUCGAUUCGCGUCUGUUUUCGUCGCUUUUUACGCCGACCUGUUGUUCGUGAAUGAUUUGUCCCCUCUCAGACGCGUUGUUGUUAGAGGCCGCCCGCGGAGACGCGGCGGCACGUCACUGCCUUCACAUACUAAAUUCAUAGAAUUCAUGUGUUCAAUUUGUUUCAUCUGUACCUUGUACGAGUAAAACUGAUACUUGCCUUAUUUAAAUGUAAUAUUGAACAUGAAAAUGUGAUUUUCAUAUUGUACUGUGAACUCAGUCGAAGCACAACAUCUGCAUUUGUAACGUGUCACAAUGUAGCGUUUCAUGUUAGCAAUUCAUUCUUGUAUGACGAAUGAACAUCACUUCUCUACUCGGUGUUAGAAAUCAUAUAUGUAACCGUUAUGUACAUUCAUUUGGCCGUAUGUGUAUUGAUAUAUGACAAAACACAGUAUGGAAAGUCGACGCAAUGUUCACUUUGUAUAAACUCGUAAAAGGGACACAUUUGUGAAGUUUUUUUGCCCACCGCCGAAAAUAAAAUACAAAAUGUGUAAAUACGUGUGGACAUGUUUUUAAAACCGAGUUAGUACGAGUGAGAAUGCGUCGAUUUUAUAGUUGAAA